AUGGUAAAGAUGGCGGAUGGGGAUAGUGGGAGUGAGCGCGGUGGAAGUGGAGGUGGCGGCGGAAGUGGAGGCGGCGGCGGGUUUCCACACUUCAGGGAUCAGGAGGAGACCCAGGAGCUGGCCUCCAAACGCCUGGACAUUCAGAACAAGCGCUUCUACUUGGACGUGAAGCAGAAUUCGAAGGGCAGGUUUGUGAAGAUCGCAGAGGUCGGGGCUGGCGGCUCUAAAAGCAGGCUCACACUGUCCAUGUCGGUGGCGGCGGAAUUCCGCGAAUACUUGGGCGAUUUCAUCGAGCAUUACGCUCAGCUGGGGCCCAGCACCGCCGAGCAGAUCGCGCAGUCUUCUGGUGGGGAGGACGGCGGGCCUCGGCGGGCCCUAAAGAGCGAAUUCCUGGUGCGGGAGAACCGCAAAUACUACCUCGAUCUAAAGGAAAACCAGCGCGGGAGGUUCCUGAGGAUCCGGCAGACCGUUAACCGCGGGGCCGGCUUCGGGCUCGGCGGGGGAGGGGUUCAGGGCUCAGCAGGCAUGCAGUCCGGACAGACCAUCGCCCUCCCCGCGCAGGGACUCAUCGAGUUCCGAGAUGCUUUAGCCAAGCUGAUAGACGACUACGGCGGCGAGGAUGAAGACUUAGCCGGGUCUGGAUGCCUCGCAGGGGGUUACGGUGAGCUCCCCGAAGGCACCUCGAUCACAGUGGACUCAAAGCGCUUCUUUUUCGACGUCGGCGCCAACAAAUACGGCGUGUUUAUGCGGGUCAGCGAGGUGAAGCCCAGCUACCGAAACUCCAUCACCGUGCCCUUUAAAGCCUGGAGCAAGUUCGGAUCGGCUUUUUCUCGCUAUGCCGAGGAAAUGAAGGAGAUCCAAGAGAGGCAGAGGGAUAAAAUGUACGAGAGGAGGCCGGAGCAAGAGGAAUCCGAAGGAGAGGACGUGGACGACGAUUGAUCCAGACCUGAUAAUAAAGAGGGCCAGAGUAGCAGAAUAACAUUUAUUAAAGCUGCAGUAUGUAACUGUAGACAUUUGGAGUUUGGCGCCCUCUCUGGUAGUGAUGUGCUAUUACAAGCAGCUCGUUACUAUAUUUCACACAUUAAUAUGAUGGUUGCAAAGUAAUGCCUAGGGGAAUUUCUCAUAUGUAUGUUUCUUCCAGACCUGGGGGGGGGGGGCAAUUACAGUCCACUUAAAGUCUCGGAUGUGUUACUCAGCAUGUGCAUUAGUGAUCUGUACGUAGUGCUGGGCAUGAGGCAGUGUAGUUGGUUAAAAGUGACACUUGAGAAAAGAGAUCCUGCAUUCCACAAAUAAUACAGAAUAUGUUUUUGACAGAUGCAUUGUGAAAAGACAUCUAACACUUUUUAAAGUUUAAUAUAUAGACACAGUUGAGCAGCCUGAUUAAAAAGGCUUCAUACAAAUAAUCCAUCAAUGGCAAGCAAUAGUAAAACACAGUUCAUGAAACAAAAUACCAAUAAUAAGAACAUUAAAAAGGUAUAUGUAGGUAUAUAUAAAGGUUUAUAUCUAUCACCUCGAUAAGACCGCACAGCAGAUGUAAUGUGGAAUAGUUUGGAAAUAAUUCUGUGUCAAACGUACUCUAAUGAUGCCCUCUCCAAACAAGCAGAUCAAUACAAAGUACUAAUUCUCCAAGUGUAAAAAUACCCUUAGGUUCUACAAAGGCUAAAAGUCUGAUAAUCUGACCAGACUGCUCUGACUUGAAAUGGUAAAGAAUUCCAUGUUUUGUUGGGUUAUUGUCUACAUAUCCAACAAAACCUGAUCCAUUUUAAAUAAGAAAAGUUACAUACUGCAGCUUUAACAUUCAUCUUUAAAACUAGCUUCCAUAUAGGCAGUGGCCGUGCUUUUAGAAAGGUCCAGGAAAGUAAAAGUAAAAAUUGUAGAAUAGCACACAAAGCUUUUUAAGACUAAAUGUCUUGUACACUUUCAUUUUUACUACCUCUUAACUCUCGUUAUGUGUAUGCAUUAUUGGAAUUCAUUUCAAAACAAAACAUUUGUGUACUAUACUACAAUUUUUACUUUAAUUUCACAAAUUCAUUGUCAUUACUCCAUGGAUCCAUCAUUAGCCUGUAUUAUGAGUAGAGAUGCACCAAUUCCAUUUUAUUUCCAUUCUAUUAAUUUGCAUCUACGCAGCAUAAAACUAGACCCCAUGAUUGUUUUAGACUAGUGUUGGCCCUGGUACCGAUACACAAAAUCAGAUUGGUGCAUCCCUAUCUUUAUAUAAAAAAUUAUGUUUUAUCUUGUCUACUCUGGUUCUCUGUAGGUUUGGGGUGUGUGGAAUAACCAAGAAAGGCAAAUAUGGAUUCAUUAAAAUGUUUAUGUCUAUCUUUAUCUUUAAUACUAAAAAAUAUGGAAAGUAAAGUUGUGUGACUAAGAAACACUGUUGUGAACAAAAGUAAUUUUCUGUAAAGCAGUAGAUGAUUUAUCUAGCUCGGGAGGUCAAAUGACUUUUCCUAGCUGGCUAGCUGCAGAUUUAGCUAGCAGUCCGAAGCAUUCUUUGAUUUGUUCAUCUGGGACAAAGGACCGUGCGUUUUUAAGGUGCAUUUUUUUCCUCUGCUAAUGUUAGGAUCAGUUUCUCAUCUGUUAAACGUAACCAUCUAAAGAAUGGACAGGCUGGGUUACUCUUAAUACCUUAAAACCAUUAUGACCAUUGUUCAGUGGUAUUUUAACAUCUCGGCUUCAACAGACCGACUUCAAAGUCUGUGAUUGCAGUUGUUUUAGCUGUAUUUGUACCUCUAGUAGUUUUUAAGAUCAGCUCCGGGGUCAUUCUGAGGUCUGUAACACAGCAUGUGAAACCUGUCGCAAUAUGGGUGAAUACAAUGACCAUAUAUCUUCCAAAUAUUUCUAUGUGGUUACCAAGAUUACAGAAGAACCUGUUGGUGAUACUGUUUGAAAGUUGGUAGUUGGGCUCUACCUUGAGUAUUUACUGAAAGGGGUCAAACCAAAGAAUGCUUUAGGGUGCUAGCAGAAAAAUUGUAGGCACAGUUUGCUGAACGCUGCUUCUUUUUGGUGCAGUGGUUUGGAAGAAAACAAAAGAAAGUCCCUCACCCGAAUUAAACACCCACAACCUGUUCGUAAUGUUCGUAUCAACUCAACAUGGGUUUACAGUAUUAUUCAUUUACAGGAUGUAUACUUGGUGUGUUGCUAUAAUGGACAGAAGACCAGCAAUGUUUUACUGAUAGGAAAUUAAAUGAGUUCAUAACGAAUGCUUGUUCAAUGGACUAUUUCAGCUCUGGCUCAAAUAUCUGAAAUGAAAGAUAUUCACAAGUUCGAGCAGCAGCUUAGACAUUUUGCAGUAUGUAAAGCCACAUAACGUGAGCCGUUCAUAGAAAAAGGUGCUAUGAAAUAUUUCACCACCUUCCUUAAGUAUGCUCUUUUUGUAAUGAUAUUUCUCUAAAAAAAAGAACAUACAAUACAGAAUACAAAGCAAUGAAUGUACAUACUAUAUUGUUUUGGGAAAGCACACAGAAACUAGUUACGCUGAUACAAAAUGAUACUGAUGCCUCUUUGCAUUUAUUACAGAUGUUAGCAUGGAUAAUGGAUUGGACCAGCGCUUUGGAUACUUGUACUCAAAUUAGCAUUGAUGAAUUUUUCUUAAAGGUUCAAUUAAAAGAUUUUGAAUUAAAUAUACCAGGCGUUUCAGGCAUUAACUGGAAAAAAAUACUUAUUUUUCAACAUGAUAUACAGUUAUAUAUAUAGAAUUAUAUUUAUAUAGGAAUAUAGAAUCGAUUAUUAACUUGUUAAACAUGCUUAUUCAAGCAAUUUUCGGAUGCAAAUAUCCAGAGGAUAAUUUUAUCUUCUUUUCCUAAUUUCUUAAUUCAUCAUGGAUAUAAGGCCAUAUUAGAAAAUAUUACAAAUUUAGAAGUAUGUAAGAUGCUUUUAUAUUUAGUUUGGUUUGUAUCCUUAAUGUGAUACUAAUUUCAUUUCAUUUGAGGAAGCUGAAUUUGAUUGUAUUAUUUCAACAGCCUGUUUUCAUCAGUCUGCAGAUCUGAAAGAUCUAUUUCUGUUACAGUUUACACGCCUGUGUUUAUUUUUCCGGAUUUUAUUAUUAGAGCAAAAUGUUUCGUAAUUUAUAAACUGUGAUGUGCAGCACCUAUUGUGUGAACCCUGCCUUGAUUCUUUUUAUUAUUCUUGGAAACCUCUAAAACAGCAGUAUUUGUCAUUUACACAUGAUUUUGCAAUGCAAUAGUGAUUUUCUGCUAUUUCAACAAUUUGUUUAAAUUCUGACUUCCGUUAAAGUCUUUUCUGUACCGUGACAACGGCAGCUGUUCAGUCGAGAUCGUUCUGCUGUAUCUUUCCACAAACUUCCUUUUCAAUGUUAAAUAAAACUGAGGAGAUGACUUAA